GAAUAAGACUCGACACUCGACCCAACCUUCAUACCGAACAUCUGCAACUCCUAAAAGUUCGAGCUUUUGUGAACGCACGCGCGCGAACUUCGACUGUUCACGCACUUGUCAAUUUUUUUUAUUUUAAUUAAACAAAAAGUUUUUAUUUUUCAAAAGGAUCAAAAAAUAAACAAAAAAAAAUCACGAGUUUCCGUGCAAUCUUCCAGUGAAUCUUAUCGUCACUUCACAUUUCCAGAAAGAAAAAAGAAAACAGUAGAGCAUCAUGGUGAAGUAUAUUCUAGCCCUGACGAUAUGCCUGGUGGCGGUGAAGACUGUGAUGGUGAUGCCAGUGGCCGACGAGGCGGCGAAAAUCGAAGCCAAACCUGGCCAACAACCGGAGAAGAUCGGCGCAACCCAAGUCGCAGAGAAAGUGGAGUCCGCUCCCCUGAAGGACGAACCCUCGGCCGUCGUUCCCCUGGCCGCCGACCAGCACGAAGCCCACCACCACAAGGAGCACGAGGGUCACAAGGACCACGAGGGCCACCACCACGCUCACGACUCUCACGCCUCUCAUGACAGUCACGAGAGCCACGAGAGCCACGAGCACAAAGUGAGAUCCACCGUCGCCGACAACUCCUCCGAGAGCAAGGAAAGCGACGAGUCCGCCGAGAGUGCCGAGAGCUCCGAGGAAAAGAAGAAGCCAUCGUCCGAGCCCAAGAAGGACGAAAAGCCCAUCUUGUCCGACGAGAAGAAGCCCGAAAACACCGAAGCCCCAUCAAAAAUCGUCGCCAGGUCCGAAUCCGAAACACCAGCCGCAGCGGCAGCACAACCAGAAUCCGCGCCAUCGGCCCCCAUCGCCGACUCACCCGCACCCAAGGAAGAAGAACCCAAGGCCCCACGCGGAGAGACCAAGACCGAGGAGAAGCCAGUGCAAAUCGAGAAGCGCUCGGAGCAGACGAAGGUCGAGGAGAAGCCAGCGACAGUAGUGGCGGCCGUGGAGAAGGCGGCGGAGAAACCAGUGGCCGAUGAGAAGGCGCCUUUGCCAGAGGACUCCAAGAAGCAGGAGGAGAAGAUCCCAGAGAAGGAGGAAAUCAAACGGGAGUCGCCCGCCGCACCACAGGAAGCCAAGCAGGGAGCACGUUCCGAGGAGCCUGCACCAGAGACCAAAUCCGUACCAUUCGAACCCGCCAAGAUUGCCGAGCCCAGUAAGGUCGAACCAGAGCCCGCUAAAAUCGCCGCUGAACCCGCCAAGAUCCAAGAAGCUGCGCCGGCAAUCACCAAAACUGCUCAAGCUGAAGUUACCGAUGAAAAGAGGGAACUCAAGACACUCGAGGAGUCCGCACCAGUAGUGCCAGCCCAGCCAGCAGUCGAGCCCCAAGAGAAGGCCAAGGAGCUCCCAGCGCCAAAGCCCAAGUCCGACGAGGCAAAGACCCAAGACGAGACCAAGCCCACCGAGGACAAGGAGCAGAAGGCCGAAGCUUUGCCAAAGCCCGAGGAAGUGAAGGAGGAGUCGACUUUCACCAGUCAGGACGCGAGUAGCAAGAGCAGCAGUCCCAGCGGCGGUACUAGUGAUUAGUGAUAAGAAAGAGCUCCUCUUAAGCGGCUUAUUUCAUUUACAAAAUCGUAUUUCACUCCCGAUAAAAAGUAUCUUAUUAAGUGAGAAUAAAUGCGAGCAAGAGAGCAAGACAAAUGCAAAAUAAAUGCAAAAUAAAUGCGAGCGACUGCGAGAGCGAGUGAUGACAAUUCCAUUAAAAGUGUGAAUACUACGUGCGUCUAGUUCGUUUCCAUUAUGUAUUAUGCAAGAGUAACUGAGCUUAAUGAAAGAGAAAAUGUGUGAGAAAAAAAGGAGAGAGAGAGACAUUGGGAACUGUAAUAAAAAAACAAUAACCACCUUUAGCAAACAGUAAAUUCAUUCUCGUUACUAAAAGAAAAUUAUUUCAGUUUCUGACUGACGCCAUCAACGGCGAUUCAAAAGGAAAAGAGAAAAUUCGGGUUUCUUAAGGGGGCGCGCAAGGACAAAGCAAUCUCGAUCCAUUUUGCUGACCGGAGAUGACAAAAAAUAUUCGACAUUUUUUUUAGUCCCCUACAGAAGUUUUACUAUCGACAAGAAAACUAAUUUUUCACGCAUCAUUCUUUCUUUUUUUUACCUUUGUCCCAAAAAAUCUGUCUAUCCAAUCACUCCCAACAACAAAAGAAAAGCGGUUCUUCCAAAUUUUCCUAGCGAUUAGUUUCUUUUUUUUCAUUUUUUUUUAUAGUUUAUCGCCUAUUACAUAUUUUACUCCUUUACCGCUAAUUAUUUGUUAGAACAAAAAAAAAUUCAUGUACCGCUAUUUUAAUCUAUUAUGAUCUGUAUUAUUACUAUCAUUCAUCGUUAAAAUAAUAAUUAUUGCCAUUAUAA